AGGAAUCGGCGAGGUGGUAGCUCAAAGCACAACUGAUGCUUCACCGGCUGCUUGAGAUAGGAAUCGAUGUGUGCCGGAGGAUAUUUGAGUUCCUGGUUAGUGAAUACCGCCCCUGGCAGGAGAUGAGGAACGGCCAACGGUUGACCGAGGAUCGCCCAGUGCCGAUCUCCGAUCGACUUCUCCUCGGCGGCGAUUACUCACCCUCAGCAGCAUCACAACAGUUUGAUGUUGGAUUUAGGGAUAAUUAUAGGAAAUAUGAGCUGCCUUUGCGCGGAGAUUUUUCCAUGGAUUCGUCUAAAUAUCUGCGGAUUUACUUAUUUAUUUUAAAAAAUCGUCGUCCGCUUUUGGUCGGAUGACAACCGGUCUCGUGCAUGCUACAAAUUGCGGAAGGAGGUGAUGUGUAAUGUAUAAAAUCCGUUAAAGUGUUCCAUAGAAAAUGCCUUCCGGUAUUAGACUCCAAUCGGAAAUGGAAGACGAAAAUCAAGUAGUUCAGUAGUAAAGGUACCUGUAUGUGCUGAUCGCGGAGGACUACUGUAAAACUGCGCAACCGCUCUGAUUUUCGGGUGUAUAUGGUGUAUAUGAUAAUUUUGGGUAAAAAUUAGACCCCCACGGGACGAAACGAGGGACAAAGGUUAGUUUUAUCCCAAAAAUUUUCCUCGCAAUUCGAAUUUUUCCAACACAACUUCACCUAAAAUGUGAUUCAUUGCCAUUUCACCCCCCGUUUCGCCCUCUAGAAGCCUAAUUUUUAUCCGAAAUUUCUUUUCGUGUAAUUUCACUCAACUAAUCAAUUAUCUACACAAAAAUUAAUCGCGAAAAAAUGAUUUUUAUUUGUAAAUCGAAGAGAUAGGAGAAUCUUCUAAAUCCAAUUGACCCAUUUAAUGUCUUAUUGGCAAAAGCAUGUGUGAUCGCUGAAGAAAGAGGCGCAUCGUCGACAUUCAAGCGCACCUGGUCGUUCCCCAUCUCCGAAAAAAGCUGAAAAAAAAAAUAAAAAACUUAUAAAAAUGAUAUACACAGGCCGCGAGGUUCUCAACCAUCUGGCUGUGGUUUUGGCGUUUAGAAGCGAUAACAUAUCCCACAGGUAAAUACCCCGUGUGCCGCGGUAUAUCAUUAUAUCGGCCAUUCUUCAGUCUGUCUCUGCGACAGGAUACGCAUAAUACGUCGGCCUCAAGCCAAGCCGGAAGAGACUCGGAGUCAAAUGGAAUUGCUCGUCAAAGGGACGAGUUUCUUCAAACAAUUAACACUGCACAGCACAUCUCUCAACGUAGAAAAAAAUAAUAAGUUUGAAGAUCUUACGGAAUUGAGGAUAAAGGGUUAAUUAACGUCUGACGAUGGCAGAUGACAUAAUAAUGAAGCGGAAGUGGUUAAUUCCCGGAUAAACGCGGGUAAAAAGUAUACGCAAACAGAUGAAGAGAGAAUUACCGUAACCAUUCGAUGAAUGACACGGUCUAAUUUUUUUUUUAAUAAAAGGGGGAGGUGUUGGAUCGAUAUUUACAUCAGUUCAUUCAGUGAAAAAAAUUGCCCUUUGAAAAUUCAUCAUGGCCACCUAUUCUUAUCACACCUUUAACAUCCGGAGGUAUUGAGUAUAACAUAUUACUUGAUCAAUUCAAUUUAACUUUUUAAAUAAUAAAAACCACGAAAUUGAACAACUUCAUUUAUGUGACGAUUCUCGCAUCUUUUUCGCUAAUUUCAAGUUCUAUUUUGUUUGCGAAAUUAACCAAUUUAACCGGAAUUUAUCGAUGUGAAUAAUCGUAUGCAUUAUACAGUUAAGUAUAGACGUUCGCGGAGAGAGAAGUCACGGGAAGAAAUUGAGGGAGGGCAAUGGAAUCAGAAGUACAGGAUAAACAAUGAGAGGAAGUCAAGGUCCAACGAUCGCUCGCACAUCAGCACACAUGAGAGCGGGGUUUCCUUCUUCUGCUCUAGACACCCUGCGUUUUAUUCUGACUAUUAAAAGAUUCUCUCAAGUGAAAUAUCCAUAUCACCACUUGUGGCGGUUCCAA